AUGUCCUUUGUCGACCACAUCCGUCUCGAUCCCUACGCCCCAGCCCCUCAACCACGCGACCUCGCCGUGUCUCUCUUCUACCCAACAGCCGACGAUGCAGAUCGCCACUUCAAGCCAGCCCGCCAGUUCCCGAAGAAGUUCGUAGCGUACUGGAACGACAUGGCCAGCCAAAAUGUCCCGGCUUCGGCUCCUCGCGGCUCCUCGCGGCUCUUCUACUCAGACUACGCCGAAGAGCUGGCCAGCUACGGCUGGAACAUAGUCACAAUAGACCACACAUACGAAGCACCCAUAGUCGUGUACCCCGACGGGCGCGUGGUAACAUCCAACCUCAGCGAAGUCGCCGUGUCCGGCGGGGUCGUCACCCCAGAGAUCUUCGACCCAUCGCGGAUCCCCGGCCUCGGAGACCGGCGGCGGCUCCGGACGGACAGCGUCGGCGCGGUCGGCGGCUCCUUCGGCGGCGCCACGGCAUACCAGGCCAUGGCCAACGACACGCGGUUCGCAGCCGGGGGGAACUUCGACGGGGAGCUCUUCGGGACCUCCGUGCUUGAGGACACGGACAAGCCGUUCCUGUUCCUCGCCUCGCUGACCCACAAUUACACGAACGACCCGUCGUGGCGGGAGGCGUGGCCGCACUUGAAGGGGUUCAAGCGGAUCUUCGGCGUGGCUAACACGGAGCAUCCUAGUUUUUUGGACUGGGUGGUCCUGAGGCAGAUCCUGGGAGAUACUUUCCCCCAUGCUAUUAGCGCGGCGAUCGGGGCGAUCAAUGGCACGAGGAUGUUGGCUGUUGAGCGGGCGUUCACGAAAGCCUUCUUUGAUCGCUUCUUGAAGGGGCGUGGGGGCGAGUUACUUGAUGGGAAGGGGCUUGAUGCCUGGCCGGACAUUACUUGGAUAAAAGAGCCACCUGCCUCGGGCUUGUAUCCCUCUUAG